AUGUUGGAUGAGGAUUUUCAUAAAACUAAGACCAAAAGAAGAUUGAAAAAGAAAGAUGUUCCAGUCGUGCCUUUAGAUAGUAUAACAUACCACUCAGAGGGUAUUGCUAAGAUGUGGAAGUUUGUAGUAAACAAGAGGAUUGUUGUUGAAAGAGAUCUCUUUGAACAAGCACAAAACUAUCUAGAAAUUAUGAAUUUAUUUGUAAAGCCUAGUAUUGUUUGCUCUGUGUUAAACUUUGGGCCAUACUACCCACAAUUGGUUUGUGAAUUUUAUGUAAAUCUCUCUCACCAGUUUGAUAAUGAAGGAAGUCUGGACUAUAGAAAGGUCCAUGUGAAUGAGCAUUGCUUUGUAUUUUCAGCCUAUCUCAUUAACAGGUUUUUGAAUUGCCAAGUUCCUGAAAAUGUUACUGAACAACGAUCAUUUAUGUCCGAUCUUGUUUUUGAACUCACAAGGAGAGUCAAACGUGCUUGGCCCAAGAAAGAUCAAUUGCCUUGCUCUGAUCUCAGUGUGAAAUAUGUAUUGCUUCAUAAGAUAGGGAUUGAAAAUUGGUGCCCAUCUUCUCACAAAUAUAGUCUCUCUACUCCAUUGGAAAAUCUUUUGUAUCAAAUUGGCACAAUGGAAAAAUUCAACUAUGGUAUCUUUAUCCUCAAUCAAAUUAAACGUCAUAUUGCUUCUCAAGCUACUAAAGUUCCCUUUAGGGUUAGCAAUGGGGCGGGGAAGGGUUCUCCGUCCACUUACUCGGACAUUCCUAGACCUCUUCCCCCUGCUCUGUCCUUUAGCUACAUAUUGUAUAAGGUAAAACAUGUUCCUGGCCUGGUUCAUAUUGAUGUCUUUGUAACUGAAAGUGGUCCGAUUAUAAAAUUUCUUUUGACUCCAUGCCGAAAAAAGGGGAUGCAUGGGCUGGCAAAUAAAUCAAUUGAUCUUGGAAGUUUGGCCCAUAAUAUUUAUGCUCGGAACACUGAGGUGGAUGACGUGUUGAAUUUUCUUCGUAGUACUUUAGAUUGUCCUGAACAGGGUGGAAGCUCUGGUGCACAGGAUAAUAAUGUGGUUGAGUAUUGA